UGAUUACGUUGCAGUCGCGUAUGUGGCGGUGCCAAAGAACUUCGUCCUCACGAACAUGAAGGGGCAUAUAUCUUUCUCUUCCUCACCCUUCCACUAUCUAUGUUCAGCAACUCCACAAUACGCUCGUUAAUCAAUAAUACAAUAGUAUGUACAAACUCUACACCUAGCACGUCCUGCUACUAUCCUGUUGGCGACGAAGACGAAGACAUCUCACCCUACACCGCGGACCCUGGCUCAAUUCUCGUGAAUGUAGUCUUACAGGCGUUCCUAAUUGGCGUCAUAAUGACGCAGUCUGGGCGGUAUAUGUAUGACUACAAGGACGAUACAUGGAAGCAGAGAGCGUUUGUUGCAUUUCUGAAUAUUCUGACACUACUUCAAACCAUUCUGGAAAUUGUAAGGGCGUGGAUUGUUUUUAUCGAUGGCGAGGCCUGGCUCAAGCACCCUUUGUUAUUCUUUAUGAUAAGUCUUAUCAACGGCUUCAUAAUCAUUUCGUGUGAAAGCUUCUUCGUUCGACGAUGCUGGAAGAUGACCGAUCGCUCUCCUUGGGUGGUUGACUGGCUCGUGGGGUAUCACCUCUAUGAGAUGUCACUAAGUCUAAGCAUCGCCUUCACAUGUUGUAUCAUCGGCUGCCUAGUUAUCGAUACGACUGUAGCAGGAAUAAUGACUAUGCAACUAUUGCAAUCGAAAAUAGGCGUGCCUGCAGCAGACGGCGUUGUCCAGACGGUGAUCUACGUUGCUUGGGAAUCUGCCAUUCUUCCCCAACUUUCGAUGCUUGCAGCCGUUAUCAUAUUCCACUCACAUGCAAGAAGCUUCAUAUCACGAGAAGCCAACCGUCUGAAUAUCCUGCAUCUGUUCGUCAAUACUGCUGGAAAACUCUAUGUGUAUAUGCUGCUUUGGACUUUGAACUACCGGGACGAGCUUCGAGUCAGGAUGAAGUCUCAUGAUCUUGGGCGCGUUUCGUUAAGCAAUUGGCAGUGGGACCAAUCUGGGAGUUCAGAGGAUCCUGCGACGACUCUUGACCGACCUAUGUCUUACGCAAGUAGCGUGCCUAGUAGUCGACUGCCCGAAUCAAUUGCACCCGAUGAAGUGAUUGAAGCAUCCGGAAGGACGAUUACACGAGAGGCUUAUAUGAGUACUCCGAAUUUGGAUAGUCAUGAGAGAGGAUUUACAAUGCCGACGAUGCGGUCGCUUUCGAGGAUGACAGAUUAAGAGGGUUAGAUCUUCUGGUACAUUCUACGAAUACUAUAUAUUGGCU